CCUAAAAAAAAGGAAUAAAAAAAAGGGGGAAAGUAAAGAUGAAGCGUAUGUAUGAAUCAUUUAUAUUGAGUGACAUGUUAACUGUUAUGUCUCCCUCCGUUAAUAGAAGAAAUCUGGUGUUGUCAGAAGUGAGAAAGUGCAAAUUAAUGAUUUGUUAAUUUAAAAUCGAACUCCUAUUUUGAAAAUUUGUGAUUGUUAAAGAAAGAGAAAAAGGGGAAGGGGGGAUGAAAAACUGGAAGGAGCUGGUAGUGUUGUUAAUAGGAAUAGUAAUGGUGGUACUAGUAAAAAAAGGGGAAGCCGCAAUAGGAGUGAACUGGGGAACGCUGUCGCAGCACAGACUAUCAGCAACGACGGUUGUAGAUCUGUUGAAGCAGAACAAGAUCUCAAAAGUGAAGCUGUUCGAUGCCGACCCUGAAGUUCUCAACGGUCUCAGGGGAACCCAUAUUCAGGUUAUGGUCGGCAUUCCCAAUGAAUUUCUUUCUAUUAUUAGCUCUUCUAUCCCUGCUGCUGAUUCAUGGGUUCAUCACAACCUUUCUGCGUAUGUCUCUACAAACCCUUCCGUUGAUAUCAGGUAUGUUGCUGUUGGGAAUGAGCCAUUUCUUAGCAGUUACUCUGGACAAUUCCAGUCUUAUGUCGUUCCGGCUUUGCUGAAUUUGCAGCAGUCAUUGGUGAAAUCAAAUCUUGCAUCUACUGUGAAAUUAGUAGUCCCCUGUAAUGCUGAUGCAUAUGAGUCAUCUCUCCCUUCUCAAGGCGCCUUUCGCUCCGAUCUCACCCAGAUUAUCACCCAACUUGUUUCUUUCCUCAAUUCCAAUGCUGCUCCCUUUGUUGUCAACAUUUAUCCCUUUCUUAGCCUCUAUGGAAAUUCGGAUUUCCCUCAAGACUACGCAUUUUUUGCUGGAACAAACCACCCCGUGAUCGAUGGUCCAAAUGUGUACUACAAUGCUUUUGACGGAAACUAUGACACAUUAGUAGCAGCACUUAGCAGGAUUGGGUAUGCUCAGAUGCCUAUAGUGAUUGGUGAGGUUGGUUGGCCUACUGAUGGAGCUAUAGGCGCUAAUCUUACAGCUGCCAGAGCUUUUAACCAAGGCCUUAUAAAUCAUGUUCUUAGCAACAAAGGAACUCCUCUCAGGCCUGGUGUGCCACCUCUAGACAUUUAUCUUUUCGGCCUACUUGAUGAAGACUCCAAAAGCACUCUCCCUGGUAACUUCGAAAGGCAUUGGGGAAUUUUCUCAUUCGAUGGGCAGGCUAAGUAUCAACUAAAUCUUGCUUUAGGUAGUGGCUCAUUGAAGAAUGCAAAGGAUGUUAGCUAUCUCCCGUCUAGAUGGUGCAUCGCGAAUCCAUCAAAGGAUCUGUCUAGCGUGUCAAACCAUUUUAAACUUGCUUGUAGUGUUGCUGACUGCACUACACUCAACUAUGGUGGUUCUUGCAAUGGAAUUGGGGUCAAGGGGAAUAUUUCCUUCGCAUUUAAUAGCUACUACCAGAUGCAGAAACAAAAUGUACGGAGUUGUGACUUUGAUGGGCUUGGUGUGGUCACAUUCUUGGAUCCUUCCGUUGGAGAAUGUCGAUUUCUUGUUGGUGUCACAAACUCUACCACUUCUUCAAGUCAUGGAUUCUCUGGCAAAUGGAUGAUUAUCUGGACAUUAAUCUUUUCAGGGAGUAUUGUAAUUUUACUCUAGGUCAAAUAGGAUUAGUUUAGAGCAGGGUAAUUUUUGGUCGUGUCAAAUGAUAGAUUAUGUUGUCUUUAUAGGCAUAUUAAUUUAGGCCAGUGACUUAAUUUAAGGUUAUCUGAGCAAGGCAACCUUUCUGCCUAUACAUUUAUAUAUGAAAAAUACAAACA